AUGUCAGGCUCUAGUAAUAUCGAGAUAACCACCGCCCAACGCAUGAUCUCCGCCACUUGGGGGAGUAUCUUGACCUCGCUGCUGGUGACACCGCUCGACGUCGUGCGUGUACGAUUACAAUCCCAGCAACCUCCUUCCCCCUCGAAUCUCUCCCGGUUUCCCGCCUACUCGACGAACUUCAAACACCUCCCGCCCGACCUGGGUGUCAACUCAUGUUGUCGAGACGUGUUUUUUGUUGGAAAUAAUGGUCAGUUCUGCCUCGCAGGAAAUGGCUCCGCACAGGGGUCAUCAGCAAUCGCUGCUGAAUGUGCCGUUGAAGAAACCCAACGAAGGACUUUCACUUCGACCCUUGACGGCUUGAAGAAGAUUGCCAGGAACGAAGGCUAUUCGACGUUAUGGCGGGGGCUUUCUCCGACACUGGUCAUGGCGAUUCCUGCCAACGUCAUUUAUUUCACAGGCUACGACUGGCUUCGUUACCAUCGCAACAGUCCGAUAAGAAAGAUCUCCUCUGAUACCUACGCUCCUCUCGUUGCUGGCUCGAUUGCACGGGUAGCAGCUGCUAUUUCGGUUUCGCCCAUCGAAAUGUUCCGAACUCGAAUGCAAGCGACCUCUGGAAUCGACACGGGUGUAUUUAAAGAAACUUUACUAGGGCUGCACCGCAUGACCCAGACACAGGGAUACACAUCGCUAUGGCGUGGGUUGACACUGACCAUGUGGCGGGAUGUGCCCUUUUCCGGCAUCUAUUGGUGGGGAUACGAAGCGAUCCGCAAUAAGUUGACCGAUGCUCGCCAAGUGGCCAAAGGCCAUGAUCUCGAUCCUUCCCGCUCCAUGACCAGCGGACGAUCAGCUCAAGCUGACGAAAACCACACAACUACCUUUGUUGACAGUUUCAUUGCAGGUGCGGCUUCUGGCGCUGUUGCUGCUUUUGUCACCACACCAUUCGAUGUGGGUAAGACUCGUCAACAAGUUUAUCACCAUGCUGGAGACGACGCCCCCUCCGUGGUGGCAGCACGAGAGGCCGCCAAAGCCGGAAAGCAUAUCCCAGAAGAGCUCUCGAUACCACGCUUUCUUUACCAUAUUUGGACCGAGGAAGGCAUCAGUGGGCUUUUCAGGGGUUGGGCCGCUCGAUGUUUGAAAGUUGCGCCAGCAUGCGCAAUCAUGAUUAGCAGCUAUGAAGUCGGCAAGAAGUGGGCGAAGACGGUGAACGAAAAGAAGGAGGAGAGGAAGGCUAUGUCUUGA